AUGGCCAGUGGAGCUGUGAACAGCUCCCUCACUGCAGAGAUUGUGAUUCAAGCCAUAGCUGGUGGUGCGCGUGAGCGCUUAUCAGCUUCAGUUUUGACAGAUUCAGCCACCGGUAGUGCGACAUGGCGAAGCCAAGUGUUUAUGCUGCGAGCUCGGACAAAUGGUUUCAUGGUCAUGCUGCCAUCCGGCCAGGAGAUCAAGGAUGUGUUUCAUGCAUAUGCCGUAGGCCCGGGAGAGGAAGUGGCUGUCGUUUCCACAGUCAACGUUUCGUUCGAAACUGCCAGAGGUCGGUUUCAGGGCGAUGCCGAAGUCCUAAUAGCAGAUUUGCCCUGGUCGUAUCUGCCACUGUUUCGAAAGUUUGGUCGCAGCAACUUGCCUUUGACCAGUUUCCGCUUCGAGACAGCCGUCGGAAGACCUAUUCUGGAAUCAGCUUUGGAUGUUGCGGAACAUUGGGUUAUGAGCAUGCUGGAUGUAGAUACUGCCAACGAGUACCUUUCAGCUGCAGAAGGCGAGGUCGAGGAUGUGCCGCCCGAUGGUGUCUUCGAAGUCGGAAGCCCCAGCAACCCAGUAGAUCCAGAUGCCGAGGACCAGAUCUCUGCCUUGAAGGAUCGAAUUGCUAUGUUGGAAGGCCUAGUGAAAGUUCAGGCUGGCAAAGGACCAGCCGCGGCCCACGAUCGAGGUCAUCAGUCUACUCUGUUCGACCAGUCUGCAAAACGAAAGCAGCUCACAGAAGCAGAGCUCGAUCGACUGCACAAAGCAGUGGGCCCGGCACCUCGCCGUCUUGGGCGAGCCGAAUCGGCCCUUCCACAGGUCGACCGCUCCAGGAACCACAUGGAAGAAGCUUUGAUGGCAGAAGCCGACAGAGGUGUGAUCGACUUAGACACCGAAACACAAGUUUUGGAACAGCAGGUUUUGGCCCAGUUGGCACAGAGCUCGGAUCCUCUUCAGCGAUUGAUGGUUCUGCAGAUGAGACAAACCCAGGACUUAGUGAAAGCUUUAGUUCCAAAAUCUCAGGCAGACCCAAUAGCAGCUAUGCUAAGCGGCUCGGACAACGGAGCCGCCAGCUCCUCAAGCGGCGUCUCUGUCAAAGGUUAUGCCGCGAGGGAGAUGUUCCUUCGCCAGCUGCAAGACGAUCGCAAGCUGGUGGAUCAGGUGAAGAUGAACGCCCGAACAGAAUUGGGCAUCCCACAGGGUCGAGAGGAACCUGCUUUGCUCCGCCAGUUUCUGGAGCAAAGGAUCCCAAUAGGAGAUCACAAGACCAUGGCGCAAUUCGGGUAUAUGCUAGCGUGGGGCUGGGAGAUCGGCGAAACCAGCCAAAAUCACCAACUCAUGGCCUUCUGUGGAAGGAUGAUGAUGUUCGUCGAACAGUCAUGUCUAGAUUCAGGCAGGACGGGGUUGGCUUGGUUGAUGACGGGCCUACCAGAACCCAAUUUCCAGCAACUGGCUCUGAACAAAAAGCGGUCAACGUUGACUCCUUUUGCAAAGUUGGCCCCUCCGACCUGGAUUGCUGCCAAUCUGAGCUAUUUGAAGGACGUGGACAUGUUCGACACCAGACUGCGGCAGCUCGGUGUCGGAAAGUCGCAGAAUCUCCCCAGUGCCGAAGCAGACGCAGAAGAUCGGUCUCAGAAGCCGAAAUUCAAGCCAAGGAAGCCCAAAGGCGGAAAGGGAGCAAAGGGAUCCGAAGCGGUCUCGGGAUACCCAGACCGGCCACCAGCAGAGGCCCAGGCGGGCGAGCCUUGGACCGAUUCCCAAUAUAAAGUGCUAGAGACCUUGCAAGAGCACAUUUCACACUUUUGCGACGUGCCAGCCUUUAGUCCAGCGGACUUAGGACGGUUCGGUGAAAAAUUCGCGGCUUUGGGAAAGUCGCUGCAGGAACUGCCGCAGCACGCGGAUGUGGACCUUAGUGCAUUGCUGCGUGACAUCAAAUUAGGCCGAUCGAAGAGCAAUGUGCAUUUCGGAUCCUCAGAUUUUCUGACUUUGCUGGAUGCCAGCACAUUGAAGCGUCGAUGUGUGAAGCGUAUCUUUGGUUUUGUCACUCUUGGCGUCUAUGGCGGACGGAUAUUUACCAGUCGCUUGUGCAAGCUUAUCAUUCGGGAGCUUCUUCGGAGGCUCCAGUUCACGCCGCCCAGAGAUCCCAAAGAAUCCUUUACGGAUUACGAUGAUGGUGACCUGGAAGUGGAAAGUGACGUUGAGGACCUGGCGCCUACAGAGCUCCCGGAGAACCUGGACACUACAGAGCUCCUGGACCCUAUCGUUGAAGACGAGGAUACAAGUGCUGUGGUUCCCUUUGUCGCUGAGGAACUGCGUGAAGGGCUAGAAGCUGGAAACCAUCCAGAUCCAAAGGAAAACAUAUCCUUCGCACAGUUCCGCCAGAAAGUCUUGGAUAGCCUUUCGACUCCUCGUGCGCCACAGCGCCUUCGAGAUUGCAUGAGCACUCCUUCGAGCAGGAAGAUCUUUGUUGUCAAUGAUGGGCACACGCCCCCUCCAGUAGAACCGAUGAGCAAAAGAGCUUUGAUGGGUGAAAUCAAGGCUGAGAAGGCCAAGAAGCGUUCUGACAAGAAGGCUUCCAAACCUUUGGGGUCAUCUGACUUGGCAGCAAAGGCCCCCAAGCUUGCGGGGCAGUCAGUGAAAAAGAAGGAGAAGCAAACGCGCAAGCCAAACAAUGGGCCAAUGGGCGAGGCUAUGGCCGCCUUUUUCUCGAGAAAAAAGGCCAAAGGCUUUUCAGGACCAGAGAUCCGAGCUUUGUGGAAGACUUCAAAGACCCGGAUGGCUAUCAUAGAGAGUUUGCCAUCCCCAGAGCGGCGGCGGAGAAGGUUGGUGGUCGUGACUUGGCAGCAACGGCGGCAUACCCAUUGGGGCUGGGUUUGCGGGCUUGGUCAUGCAGGUGCAUUGAGGAGGUGCACAUCCAAGACCCGGGCCAGCGAGAGCUUCCUGCCUCCCACUGCCACAGACAGUCAGGUGACAUGCGACUUUGAGGAUGAAGUGAUGACCAUCUAUAGUCAGAUGCAAUCUCUGACGCCGCAGGAGAUGGAGGCUCGCUUGAACAAACUGGGUAAAGACUUGAAGGCUGGUCGUGUAGCCCCACCCAAGCCUGAGAAGCCCAGUGGCUGGAUUGAUCCACGCGCCAAGUCGAAUGACAAUGUCCGCAGGAAGCUACCUUUUUCUGAGGCAGCUGAGUUGCCAGAGCAUACUCCACCAGUGGAAAGACGUGUGAGCUUUCACUGGACUGAGGAACAGUGGGCUGAGUGGGAGGAAAACCUCACAAUGCAGUGGGAACAGGAGGAAGCAGAACGAAUGCAGUGGGAACAGGAGGAAGCAGAACAACGUCAGCGUGAGCUUCAACAGCGGGCAUCACAGAAAGCAAAGAGCAGCGCAAAGCCUGCAGCGCUGGCGAUCAAGGAUGGCAAUGUAGACCUAGACAGCUUGUCGCCAGAGGAAUUGCGAGCUUUGAAAAGUGCACCUUUGCGAAAGAGUGUUGCUGAACGUGAGGACGGCCAGUUGCAACUUGAGGAUUUGCCAUGUGUUCGCUUUGUGAGCUUUCUCCAGACGCUCUCACAGGAGGAGGCUAAGAAAGCGAGACCCAUGAAGCCUGUGGCUGAAACAAAGAAGAAGAAGAAGGAGGCCAUCCAGCUCCUUCUCAAAGAUCUGCCUUGUGUUCGCUUUGUGAAGUUUCUUGAGACGCUGUUGGUGAAGGAGGCUAAUGCAAACAGUUUGGAAGAGCUACACGCUGGUGAACACGGUGCUUCGAGCAGCAAGAGUGGAACAGUUGCUGGAGGUGUGGAGGCACCUGAGCCCAAGAAGAAAAAGAAAGCUGACGCAGGUCUGCCGCCGAAGCUGAUGAACGCCUACUAUGAAGCAGCUGGAAGUCAUACCAAGAAGCGGGAUGUGAAGAUGAUGGCAUACAUGGAGGCUGAUGUUUCUAAGAACUAUGAGACAUACGAGGAGGUGAUGCUCCUGGAUUUGCAAGAGAAAUAUGGUGGGAAUGAGAACCGUGCAGGGACCAAGAUCAGUGGUGGGGGUAGCAUGGAGCAACCAGAGCCGGACACACCUGAUGAUGUGGCGCCUGAAGACUCUGCUAGUGGAGUCCCCGGCAGUUCCAAACCGUCGAGUACUGAAACCGACCACAGGAAGGCCCUGGGGGCAGCGCUCGACCUCAUGAGGCCUUUUCCUAUGUCAGGCCUAGCUGAGAAGAAAGGGCCUAAGGGCAAGGGACGGAAGGGGAAGAAGGGGAGUGAUGAUGAGGGGGAUGGGCCAGGGCCCGAAAGUCCCAGGAAGCCCAAGGAACAAACGCAAGAGGAGAAAGACAAGAAAGAAGUUGACAAAAUCAUCAAGCUUCGAAGUACUGCCAAGAAGGCAAUUGGAGUUGGACAAGAUCUUGCCAAGUAUCCCAACACGGAGGAGUCCCACGAGAAGAUCAAGGAGAAGCACACUUAUCUGUCGGAACUGGCUGCCAAGUAUUGUGCUCCUUCGAAGAUUCCUCGGAAAGACCGGGGCGCUGGUGCUUUGGUGGUGCAGCUUGUUGAGAUGCUGACGUCUGGGAAGGCUUCUAUGAGGGACUUGAAAAAGCUGCUCAUGGCUAUUGGAGAGAUGCCGGAGUCGCCCAUUAUUGAUUUGGUUGAUUGCUUUGAGCAAUCUGGUGGAUGGGGCCUCGAGCGGGCCUUCAGCAAGUGGAUCGCGCGGCAACCGUGCCGGCAGGCUCUUCAGGAGUACUGGGACAUGAACCCAGAUCUUGAAGCUGAACUCCGUGAUCUUUGGCGUGAAGAUCCUGAGGCCCCGGAACACUUCCCAUCUUCAGUGGUUCCAUUUCGCUUGUAUGGAGACGAGGCUCGGGACGAUGGCCUGCUUCUGAUCCAUGGGGCCAGAGCUUCUCCAGUGAAUAUCAUCCUGAGUUUGCACUUCGAGCGGGCCAGCUAUUGGCGGGAUCUUGGCGAGCUGCACUCGACGGGUUUCAAGGUGACCAGGAGCUAUCCCCAUAUUUCCCAAAAGAUUUGCAAAGGUGCGGCCAAUCGCAUGUUAAUCUUUUGGCUCGCUGAGCUCACCUAUGUCUCCGAAGUUUCCCAGUUUGAUUUGAUCACCAAGGCGGGUGAGGCCUUUCGAUUUUCUGCAGACGACUUGUCAGAUUUCUAUUACACUUUCAAGGUGCCAAGGGCCCGUGCUAAGCGGAAUUGCAUCGGUACCAAGGUUUUCCCCUCCGAAGUCAGAAGUUUGUCUUGUUUUGAUCCUGCGGUUGAGGGCCCCUACUACCCAGCCUUGGCAACCCUUGCCAUGGGCGAUGGGCACGCAGUGGAGAUAGCUCAGGGGAGCCAUCAUGCCCUUUUGCAGUUGGAAGGCGGCAGUAUGCUGGAGUCGGAGACUUUAGAAUAUCGCAAGCCCAUCCCAAGAGGUGAUUUCGUUGAACUUUUGGCUAUUGAUGAUCAUAUCGGUGUCCAGCGGCUACCCUUGGAAGAUCUUCCGAAAAGGCCAAGUUUACGGGACACCCGGGUUUUUGAUGCAGCGCAAAAAGCCUAUAAGAAGGUCCUUGGAGUAUUGGCAGCUGGCAUAGGAGGGAUGACCUUGAGCUUGGCAGCCUUAAGCUCUAUGAAGCGGGUUACACCGGGGCAUGUGGGGCUCAUCGAGGAGCGAAAAAAGCACGCCAGCUUUUUGCAGGUGAACAUCCGCUUGAUUCCCGUGAAGAAGCGCUUUAUCAAGGAAUAUCCCACUAAGGCACAGAUCAUUUUGUCAGGCCCACCUUUGGACCGGCAGUUUUUGGCUGGACUUUGGGACGGUGCAGACAAAGACUUAAAUCGUGCAAUCAAUCACUUGUUGGGUUUGCCGGAGGACAAGGUCGUUCGAGAAGGGGCUGGAGGGGGUGGAGGCGGAGGUGGUGCGAGCCCAGCUGAAUCCAAGCCAAGCAAGAAAGAGUCCAAAAGCAAGAAAGACUCGAAGAGCAAAAAGACCUCCAAAGAGAAGAAAUCCAAAGAGCCAGAGUCGACAGGGAAUGAUUGGGGUGGUGGAUUCUUUGACACGACCAGCGGCUUCCCAGAUGCCAGUGGUUUUCCAAGUGCAGGUGACUUCUCUACUCAGGGCUUCCCCACACAGCCUGAGGCUUCCUUUGGCAUGCCAGGAAUGGCAGGAAUGGCGGCUCCACAAGCCUUUCCAACCAUGCCACCGCAAUCAGCUCCAAGCUACCCAGAUCCAUCCUUUGGAGCUUAUGCCCAGAACUCACCCUAUGGUCAGCCACAAGGACCGGCAUUUGGUCAACAAUCCACUCAGCCUUCCUUCAAUCAGUUCCAAUCAGCCCCAGAUCCCAAGAUGCACUUCGGCGCCGCCACACCCAGCACAGCCUGGGACAGUGAAUCGGACAGUGAAAAUGACUGGUGGAACAAUCCGGCCCCUUAUGGAUCAGCACCUCAAACCCUUCCCUCCGCCUCCUACUUUGCCACACAAAUGCCCCCGCCGGGGCCGCCCCAGCCCUGCGGAGCUGCACCCUGCGGAGCGGCGCCCGCUGGCGGCUUCGGCGGAGGCUGUGCGCCUCAGUUUGGUUCACAGAUGGCAGCAUGGGGCUGA